GAAUUAUAAUCCGGAUGACAAGCAAUGCACGCUUUUGGGAAAGAAUUCUCCCCACCCCCCAAAUUUCACGCGCUGACGAAGACGAUGGAUGCGCACGCUUUUCAAUUCAAUAUGGCCGUUUCAACCGCGAAUAAUCGAAACUGCUAACGCCACUUCACACAUAAUGUAAGAUUUGUGACGCUGCCUAACUUCGCAGUAAAUACGUACAAUUUAUUGUAAGAGUUGAUAAACUAGUUACAUAGAAUUACGCGGGAAAUAAUAAGAAGCUAAAACAAAUAUAUUGAUUUUUAAACGUUUCUCUAAACAUAUAACAAUUUCUAUUUAGUGCAUCGAAUGUAAAGUGAAUAUUAUUAAAAUUAUAAUGGAGAUGAAGUUUGCAAAAUUUAAAAAAGACGAACGUUGUAAAAGAUUAGAGCGUUCCUUGAAACUUUCUUUACUGAGGAAAAAUGGAAAAUUAACAAAUGAUGACCCAAUCUGGAAUGACACGGAUGCACAGAAUUGGAGUUUUACUGCUUUGUCUCCGCAACUUUCACAGGCGGAACAUGAAAUUGUGCCUUCUAACAAAAAUUUAUCAAAAAUAAAAGCAAUGAAAAAGAACAAUUAUACUACAUAUGAACCAGUAAUUGCAUCUUCAAAUAUUCAACAAUCUCCAAGUCAAAAUAACUCCUUUAACAAUAAUGUCGCCUCUUCAUUGACUGUUAAGGAAUUUCUUCAUCAAAUUAAGGAAAAUUCAAAAAUCAUCCAAAGAGAUUCAUUAUUGACUAAUGAAAACUCGCCUCAUGUAGUUGAAAAGGGCUUAUAUGUACAACCAAAAAAUAUCAAACAUGAAAAAAAUCUUUCUAAGUUGCAAAAACAAAAUUCAAUGAGUAAUAAUGAUAAUAACUAUAAUCUUUGCAAAACAGCUAGUCCUAAAGAAAAAUCGGGUAGAACCUUUUUUAAUUGGAAAGUUAUGCUAAACAAAGAUGGUCAUUUGAUUAUCAAAGGAACAUUGGAAAGCGGACAAACUGCACGCAGUAAACCUAUACUUAGAAGAUUGACAGCUACAAGUGUACAAUCUACUUUCUUACAUAUAUAUUAUCUUGAAGGAAAUAUUGUGGAUAAUGAAAAUGAAUUACCAGAAUAUGUGAGAGGCAAGUUUUACAAUGGUUUUCCAGAUGACUGGGAAAAUAUAUAUUUAUUAUGGAAAGUAUUUAUAUCUGAAGGCAGUAAAUUGAGUUUUCAUUGGCCAACAAAGAUUACAGAUAGCGAUGAUGACUUGAAUAGCGAAGUAACAAAUUUAACAUUACAAUUCACAAAGGAAGAAAAAAACAAAUACCAAAAAUCUUCCAGUAAUAUAUGUAAUAAUAAUUCAGAUAAUACUUCAAGAACCAAAACUGAUAAUAAUGUACCUAAUCAUGUACCUAGUACAAAAAAUGUACAGAUUCCUAAUACAACAAGGAUAAUUCACGAUAAUAAAAUUUUAAAUAAGGAAAAUCAAGAGCAGCAUAAAAAUAUUAACCAGCCUCAAUGUAUUCAAAAAAAGCAUACAUUAAAAGAUAUUAUACAAGAAGAUAAAAUCAAUAUAAUUAUUAAUAAUUUGUUACAUAAAGAUUGUCCUAAGGAAUACAUUGUAAAAAUUGUACAAAUGUUUAAUUGUCUUGAAGAUGUUCUUUCUUAUAGAGUGGCAACAAAUGACGCAAAUAAACUAAAAUGCGAUGAUAAUGAUUCUGGAUUGUAUAGCAGUCAAUUACAAGGUAAUGAAACAGUUAUUCGCUCAAAGAGAUCUUGUAUGCCAGAAUAUCACAAUAUAUCACCAAUUACAAAAAGAAUCGAUCAGAAUAACUGCAGCAUAGAAAAUGUGCAUGAGAUCUCGAAUAUGAUUCUACAAGAACAAUCGCAGAAUGAUAAACAAGAAUCGAAUAAGAGAGACUCUGAAGAAUUUGAAAGUGAAAUUUAUGCGGGUAUGCCUAAGAUCAUAUUUCAAAAAGUGUUGGAAAAUAAAAGAGCAUCAUUAAAACAGGAUAAACAGAAACAAAGAAAAGGAAUAAUAGAUUCUAUGACAAAAAGUCAUAUCAAAUCACAAAAAAGAAUUAAGAAAAAACACAGAACAAUACAUUAUUCUAGUUCUAGCGAUAGUGAUAUUGAAAAUGAUAUAAAAAAUUCUGUGUCUGAUGAGAGAAAGAAAAGAAAUGAUAAAGCAGUUAGACAUAAUGCGUUGGAGCAACAGAAAAAUAUUAAAAAACCAGAAACAAUAUCUUUUACUCAGGGAUCUGUAUCGUACAAAGAAAAUCUUUAUAAUGUUUAUCAUGAUUGCAGCGUUAGCAUUAUUGAAGAUGAAGAACCGAGUAGACGAUACGAAUCGAUGAUUCGAGUAAACGAUAUGAAUCGUAUAGAAACACCCAAUAGAGGAAAAAAGAACAGUUUUAAAUAUAAUUGCAAUCGCGAUAUUUCCACUACAGAUGAUGAAGUAGAAUUACCAGGGACCAACUGCAAGAAGCAUUUGAAUACAAUAGAGGUCAUAAAACACAGUGCCAAAAAGCCAAAAAUAAUAAACCGCCAUUAAUGGUACGGAUCAUUGCUGAUGUAUUUAAUAGAAUUAAGAAAACAAUUAAAAGUAUUUUUUCUUUUUUAUUAUUUUAGAAAUAUUAAAAAAUAAAAAAUAAAAAUAUA